AUGAAGGUGUGCAAGGAGAACCAUUCUCAUGUUGGAUUUGUCAUUGGCAAGGCAAAAGUCGCGCCUAAGCAUGGUCAUACCGUGCCGAGAUUAGAACUCUGUGCGGCAGUGUUAGCGGUGCAGUUAGGUCAGACAAUAGAGGAAGAACUUGGUAUUCCAUCAGAGGACAUGAUCUUUUAUACAGACAGCAUGGUUGUACUGGGCUAUCUACAUAACCGUGUGCGCCGGUUCUAUAUCUACCUCGCGAACCGCGUCGACAAAGUCCUUGCAUUUACACAGCCCAAUCAGUGGACAUAUAUACCCACCAACCUCAACCCUGCAGAUCAAGGCACCAGGUGUCUUAACGCAGUACACUUACAAGACAGUAUGUGGUUAUCAGGGCCGUCUGUCUUGAUGGACAAAAAUCAACCUGUUAGCAUGGAAUUCAAGUUAGUCAACCCAGAUGAAGACGCAGAGAUAUGUCCACAGAACAAUAUUGACACUUAUGUCAAAGUAGCAAAGACAGAAGUCUGUCGGUCUAAGUUAGGGACAAAGACAUUUGAGAAAUUUUCUAGACUCAGCAGUCUAGUUCGGGCUGUCGCAUGGAUCAUCCACAUCGCUGACAGCUUUCGCUCUCCUGACGCAAACUGUCGAGGUUGGCAUCGAUGUUCGUCAUUCCUGAAUGUCAACUCUGGAAAGCACGCUACAGAACUUAUCAUCAGAGAGGUUCAAUUUGAAUUCUAUCGUACAGAGAUAGAGUGCUUGAAGGCAGGGAAAGCCUUGUCUAGGAAUAGUAACGUCUUGAGUCUGUCCAUAUUUGGACAGUGA